AUGGACACCCUUCCCGAUGCCUUUGCCCCAGCCCCCUCUGUUGGAUAUGGCACAAAUUCAGCCGUGAUUGGUACAGAUGGGGAGGUGACCGCGUCUCAGAUCAAAGUUACUGAGGCUCCUAAAUUCGAUCUCGAAUCAUACAUUGACAAUUACGCUGGGCGAACCCGCUUUAACCGUCUCUAUCUCAUCGGUACUACUUCCACCGUGCUCGCCGUCGAGGCACUAAAACAAGCUGAGGCUGAGGCUCUAUGUGGGAAGGAUGUCGACCUUUAUGAAAAAGCAGUUCGCGCCUUGGCCGAGGUUGCUCCAAAUGACGAGAGUGCCUCUCUGAACUCCGCGUGGGUCCAAGAAGUUCAACGAAACGUCAUGGCUCAGACGGAUCGUUUGGAACAUGAACUUCGUGGAUAUAAGAACAACUUGAUUAAGGAAAGCAUUCGGAUGGGCAAUGAGGAUUUAGGUAAUCACUACUACGAGACAGGUGACUUGAUCGCAGCAUCCAAAGCAUACACUCGUAUGCGUGACUUCUGUACAACACCAAACCAUGUUGCUUCUAUGCUCUACAAGUUGAUCAAUGUUUCCAUUGAACGUGGCGACUGGUUAAGCGUCAAGUCUUACGUGCACCGGCUGCGCAACGCCGUAUCCAAGCCCGAGGACCUGGCCCAGAACCAGCCAAAGAUGUCGGUCGCACUUGGUUUGGCUCACCUGAACCAAGGAUCCUAUAAUGAGGCUGCGAAUUGUUUCCUCGCCGUGCCUGCUACCCUGGGUGAAUCAUACAAGGAUGUGAUCAGCCCCAACGAUGUCGCCGUUUACGGCGGUCUCUGUGCUCUGGCCUCCAUGGAUCGGUCUGAAUUACAGCAUCUCGUGCUAGACAACAUCUCUUUCCGUCCUUUCCUUGAACUUGAACCCCACAUUCGACGUGCUAUAGGCUUCUUCUGCAACUCCAAGUUCCGCUCAUGCUUUGAUAUUCUGGAGACCUAUCGCAACGACUACCUUCUUGAUAUUUACCUCCAGCCCCAUGUCUCUGCCCUCUACACUAAGAUCCGCGUGAAGUCCAUGCAGCAAUAUCUUGUCCCCUUCAGCAAGGCUACCCUCGACUCCAUGGUUGCCAUUUUCGCUCCGAACGAAUCAGGCCAACAGAUCGGACUCGAGUCUCCUUUUGUGCAGGAGCUUAUCCGGCUCAUCAUGGAUGGUGUCCUCGACGUCCGUAUCGAUCUCGAGCAUAAACUGCUGGUCAAAAACCAGCAUGAUAUUCGAUCCGAGAUGCAAACUGAGGUUUUGGAGAACGUGACAAAAUUUACCCAAGAACUUCAUUGGCGCAUGAUGGCGGCAGCUGUGACCGACGCUGGACUACAAGUUCCAGGGCCCGCCACCAGUGAAAAGGGCUGGAAAGCAGAAUCUAAGGAUCCCCGAUUUGGGCCCCCUGGCUCCGGUUGA